AUGGACUAUUUUGUACCUGGACAAAAUAUAUGCGUAGACGAAUCAGUUGUUAAAUUUAAAGGAAAGAUCAGUUUUAUCACCUACAAUCCCAAUAAGCCCACCAAGUGGGGCAUUCGAGUAUACGUUUUAGCAGACUCCGAAACUGGAUAUGUGUAUAGCAUUCUUCCAUAUUAUGGAAGUAUCACMUCUGAAAAUCUGCCAAGGCAAGAUUUACUGGUUAGCACCAGAAUCACUCUGCAUCUCUACCAACAAUUAUUAGAUCRGGUACCUACCGCAAAAGGUUAUCAUAUGCAUACCGACAGGUAUUACACCAGUAUACCCUUGGCUCAAGAAUUGAGAAAAACGAAAUGCCACUUGACCGGCACAGUACAAUCCAACAGAAAAGGUCUUCCAACAUGUUUGAAAAAACCAAAAUUAAGAGAAAAGAAAACUGUUGCAUACAAACGUGGAAAUACGAUGAUCUUAGCUUGGAGGGAUAAAAGAAUAGUGACGUUAUUGAGUAACUGGCAUAAUGCUGGAAUGGUAGCAACUAAUAGAUUUAUUCGAGGUGGUACCAACGAAGAAAUUGAAAAGCCAARUGUAACAAUCGGAUACACAAAAUCAAUGAGUGGUGUUGAUCGGGCUGAUCAAUACGCCUCCAGUUACUGCUUUUUGAGGCCUUCCCUUAAAUGGUGGCGGAAACUCUUCUUUUGGGGAAUGGAAAUGUCUAUAAUUAAUUCAUACAUUUCUUAUAAAACUGUACAGCACAAUAAGAAUGAGAACGUACUGACGCAUUUAAAGUACAGGAAAACUUUACUGGAUCAACUCGUAGGAGAUUUUCAUCAGGACAGAAGAAGAAUAUCUAGAUCAAUUUCUGAAAUCAGAUUGGACGGAAAACUACACAUAAUGAGGAAAGGUMCMAAGAGGGACUGCGUUGUGUGCUCUAAACGGAAAGAAAGGGAUGRCAGACGUCAAACGAGUGAAWAUUGUGACACUUGCCCAAGUAAACCGAGAAUGCACAUGGGAGAUUGUUUCGAAAGAACACAAACUCCUGCUAUUGGUCAGUCAUACUGGUUAGAAGAAGGGAGCCAGCCACCUGCGCAAACGAAGAUAAAUAAAUUAUCGUUAAAAGCCGUUACCAGAUUGAUUGGGUAUUUUGAAGGGGAGGCAGAUGAAUUUACAAUAUGGGAAGAUCACGUAAACUACCUGCGAGACAUUUAUCAUUUGACCGAAGACCGAGCAAAAGUGAUGAUUGUGCAGCGUUUAAAGUGGCGAGCGUUAGAAUGGUUCAGAUCGCGAAGAGAAUACCUGCAUCUCACAGUGGAUGAACUUUUGGUUUAG